GCAAUCCAAGAAUGCAAGCUGAGUAUUAUCAUGAAAAAUUAUGAGUUAGGUUCGAAAUAUAUUGGACUGGAUUCAUCCCGCUGGCAUUUUGUCGCUUUUGCAUGGAGAAGUAAGGACGGAAAUUACGUUUUCGUGGUCAACAGUUUUUCAGAGUUGGGGCUUGGAAAGUUUGAGGGCAAGACUAUUGAAAGCGGAAACAUCCUGAUUGGGCAGCAAAGUGAAAACGUAAACUUAGAGAAUCCAUUUUCUGGACGAAUUACUUGUUUUCAGAUGUGGAAGACGUUUCUAAGUAAGGAGCAAAUAGAAGAAAUCUACAAAGGAAAUGGUGCUAAAGAUGGCAAAUGCCAGACCAACGACGACUCCUACAGAUUCUUAACUUGGGCGCAGGUGAAAACUGCGAACACGAAAGGCGAGGUGACGUUUCAUUGGCCAUCAGAGUUAAUUUGAAGCCCAAGUACUGCGGUUUCUUACAGUUAAGUGUGGUAGAACACAAACUAAAGUAGUCAAGAGGACCAAUAAAAUGGAAUAGUCUGUGUGAAAACCGGUCUAUAUUCACGAUCACACGAUUGUAACGACGAGAUUUUAGUAACAGAUUUCUGCGCAUUUGUAAAUAGUACUUCACUGAGUGCCGUGUAUGAUAACUAGGAGACGGAAUGGUAUAGUUAACGAAAAUAAUCUCACUAUAAUGUAUAGUGAUCUUGCGACUAUAAGCAUCUCGUUGGGUUCG